CUCAUUUAAGACCAGAUGUUUGUUUUCUUUCCUGAGGAUGAAAAGGUUGGCAUAAAAACUAUAAAAACAUAUUGUGAAAGAAUGCAGCAAGAAAAUAUAACACGAGCCAUCAUUGUUGUACAAGUUGGGAUGACACCUUCCGCAAAGCAGGCUUUAGUUGACAUGGCCCCGAAGUAUAUCCUAGAACAGUUUCUUGAGUCAGAGCUCCUCAUCAAUAUUACAGAACACAUGUUGGUGCCAGAGCACGUAGUUAUGACAGCAGAGGAAAAACAAGAAUUGUUAGAGAGAUAUAAACUAAAGGAAUCUCAACUACCUAGAAUACAGCAAGGUGAUCCUGUAGCCAGAUAUUUUGGAUUGAAAAGAGGACAGGUUGUUAAGAUUAUUAGACCUAGUGAGACUGCAGGAAGGUAUGUGAGCUAUAGACUCUGUGUAUGAAAAUUAGUAAACAUUGCAAGGUUGGUCUUUAACUGACACAGAAUGAAUAUUUAUUGCAUACAUUAUAGGUCCUUUAAAAGUAACACAAGAUGUACACACAAGUGCUUGACUUCAGAGAAUAUCUAAUGAGUCAGGAUCUAAAAGUUUGUUAAAAAAUAUCUAAAUGAGAGAAAAAGAUUCAAAUAUGGAUAAAUAAGCAUGCAAACCUGACUUAGAAGAAAAAAAGUGUUGAAAUUGAAGCAUCAAAAAGAGAAAGUAGGUUUACAAAUAUGAAGAAGAAAAAGACUGAUAAAAGAAAAUUACAGGAUUAUACUACAUGUUGUUCUGCAGGUUUGAGCACUCUUGCAGACCUGUAAAAUUUUCUGUCAGUGCUCUCCCUUGAUAUAUAUUUAGAGCACUUGUACUUUGUAAUUGUAAAUUGUUUUAUUGUAAAAUUUAAGAAUAAAAGUUGAGUUGAAGAAGAAA